GCGGGGGCGGGGGGCAGCCAGGCCUAGGGUGGGGGAGGGAGCAGUGGCACCGCGGGGACAGGGCCCUUUCAUCCAAGGGGCCACAUUAAGUAAAGCUGAAUGAAGACGAGCUGCUUGGGUGGAAGGUGGCAUCUGCAGAGAGCUAGAGUCUAAUCUAUCCGCCACCCCGCUGGUGCCCAGCUCCGUUCGGCUGUUCUCUGGUUGCUGCAUCUCACCGAGUCUCUCCACUGUCUCCAGAAUCCUGAAGAACUCCGUUUACAAACUGCAUGGGAAUGUUGUGUGAUCCGAUUGUAAAAUUACAUUAACUUAUCAAGAAUAAUUAUUUACAUAUACUGAAAGCUGUGGAGACCCUUGAGCAACAUCUGGGUGGUGGAGAAACACUUCGGAGGCCGUGUGCAGCAUUGUGGUAUUCUUCUAUCGUGGCUACCAUCUCAUCCCACCACUUCCAGGGCCUCCUCUACCUGCUGCACAGCAUCUAGCUAAGGGAAAAAUAUUUUCCUAAUAAUUUUCAAGAGGAAAGUCUUCAUCCUACUCUUGGAAAUUCUGCAGACAACUAGGCACUUGGGAAGGAUGGAAGAAACACAGCAGAGGAGAUACAAGCAGCAAGCUUCUGGUGAGGGCUCUGAGGCCUAGUUGGCCGGCCCAUUCUAGGGCCUAGGAGAAAGUUGACACAGUUCCCAACCUGAAUCGGUCAGUUACUUCCAGAAGAAAAGGAAGACCUGUGAUAUCCCUGGAGAGUUUGUACCUGUGACAUCCUUAGAGAGCUUGUACCUGUGACAUCCCUGGAGAGUUUGUACCUGUGACAUCCCUGGAGAGCUUGCACCUGUGACAUCCCUGGAGAGUUUGUACCUGUGACAUCCCUAGAGAGCUUGUACCUAUGACAUCCCUGCAGAAUUACUUGCCUCGUACCUCCUGCAGGCCCCGGAGCCCCUAAAGGGCUGUCUGUCCAGUUUGUGUUUGCCCUGGAUGCCCACAGUGCACCUCUUAUGCACUCCAGCACCCCCAUCAGCUCCCUCUUCUCCUUCACCAGCCCAGCAGUGAAGAGACUGCUAGGCUGGAAGCAGGGAGAUGAAGAGGAAAAGUGGGCAGAGAAGGCGGUAGACUCUUUAGUGAAAAAGUUAAAGAAAAAGAAAGGAGCCAUGGAUGAACUGGAGAGGGCCCUCAGCUGUCCCGGGCAGCCCAGUAAAUGUGUGACAAUUCCCCGGUCCCUGGACGGGCGGCUUCAGGUGUCCCACCGCAAGGGUUUGCCCCAUGUCAUUUACUGCCGAGUGUGGCGCUGGCCUGAUCUCCAGUCUCACCAUGAGCUGAAGCCACUGGAAUGCUGUGAGUUCCCUUUCGGCUCCAAGCAGAAAGAGGUGUGCAUUAACCCCUAUCACUACCGGCGGGUGGAGACUCCAGUGCUGCCGCCUGUACUCGUGCCAAGGCACAGUGAAUAUAACCCCCAGCUCAGCCUGCUAGCCAAGUUCCGCAGCACCUCCCUCCACAGUGAGCCUCUCAUGCCGCACAACGCCACCUAUCCUGACUCUUUCCAGCAGCCUCCGUGCAGUGCGUUCCCUCCCUCGCCGGGGCCCGGGCACGUGUUCUCACAGUCCCCAUGCACUGCUGGCUACCCUCACUCCCCAGGAAGCCCCUCCGAGCCAGAGAGCCCCUAUCAACACUCAGUUGACACACCACCCCUGCCUUAUCAUGCCACAGGAGCCCCAGGGACCCAGAAUGGCCAGCCAGUAGAUGCCACAACUGAUAGUCAUUUAGUGCUGUCAGUGUCUAAAAGAGACUUUCGACCAGUUUGCUAUGAGGAACCUCAGCACUGGUGCUCGGUUGCCUACUAUGAACUGAACAACCGAGUUGGGGAGACGUUCCAGGCAUCCUCCCGAAGUGUGCUUAUAGAUGGAUUCACAGACCCUUCAAAUAACAGGAACAGAUUCUGCCUUGGACUUCUUUCUAACGUAAACAGAAACUCAACAAUAGAAAACACCAGGAGACACAUAGGAAAGGGUGUGCAUUUGUACUACGUUGGGGGAGAGGUGUACGCCGAGUGUGUGAGUGACAGCAGCAUCUUUGUGCAGAGCCGGAACUGCAACUAUCAGCAUGGCUUCCACCCAGCCACUGUGUGCAAGAUCCCCAGUGGCUGCAGUCUGAAGAUCUUCAACAACCAGCUCUUCGCACAGCUGCUCGCUCAGUCAGUUCACCACGGAUUCGAAGUCGUGUAUGAGUUAACCAAGAUGUGCACUAUCCGCAUGAGCUUUGUUAAGGGCUGGGGAGCGGAGUAUCAUCGCCAGGAUGUCACAAGCACCCCCUGCUGGAUUGAGAUUCAUCUUCACGGACCACUGCAGUGGUUGGACAAAGUUCUCACUCAGAUGGGUUCUCCACAUAACCCGAUUUCUUCAGUGUCUUAACAGCCCGUUAUGUCUUAAUCUACAUUUCUAUAGAAUAGAUGCUAUUGCAGGCAGUGGCUUAUACCAUUUCAGAUUUGCAACUAACAGAAGUUUCUAAGUACAUAUGUAAAUACAUAUAAUAUAUACUGUUCAUAUUUUUAUCACCAGUUUUUUUGUGCUAGAAUUUUUAGUUAACCUGGUGCCAGUACAACGUGAUUAGAAAAGGCAACUGUGUCAAUAGAAUUUGAAAAAUGUUGGCAGAAUAAAAGGCAGCAUUAGUCAGCCAUGUCAUUAUAAGGCAUGUUGUGUGGCCUACCAGAAAAAUAUCAAAACUGUUUAUUGCAGAUCAGGGUACUAGCAGCACUAAAGCAAGUAACACUUCUGGAUAAAAGAAAGCAACCAAACCCAUAUCACUUAAACAAUCUCACUUUCAGUGCUAUUGGCAAGAAGGGGAAAAAACCCAAGCUUGUAAAAUCAAUUAUGUAAGAUGAGUCACAUAAAUUAUUUUAUUUCUCAAGUUGAAAUACCUAUAGCUGGACUAUUGUGCUAAUAUUAAUGGUACAUUUAAGAUAAAUUUAAACUGUGAUUGGAAAAGAGACUGUGAAGCUGGGAGUCAAUGUUGUUUCAAGAUCUGCCACUAUAAAAAAAAAAGAGUCUAAUACAUGGGAAGAUUCAUAUGAAAAUAACAUGAAAUGAGGUAUAUUCUCAAAUUACAAAAUAAGACCAGAACAUAGUCCAAGAAUCACCCAGGGAGACACUUGCUUUCCACGUAGGAGAACCAGGGCCCUGCUUUCCUGGUUCUUCCAGUCAGGCAGUCUGGCAGACUUCUGAGUCUGCACAGGGAGCUGGAGGACCGUGUGCGUAAUUUCUGGAUGGGGACGAAGCAGUAAAAUAAGACGGUUGGACAAAAGCAUCCUAUGUUUAUUCACACCUUCUCACAUUCCCAUUAAAAGACUUUAUGAAGCAAGGGCACAUUUCCCCUACAUGUUGGCACAUACUAUUUACAGAUGACUAAAACCGUGGUGAAGCCUUGAGAAAAUCUGGACACAUUGCUGGGGUCAAAUGUAGGAGUUAUUUAACUUAGUGUCUCGGUCUGCUGAGCACAUCUGGUAGCCUCUUAUAAAGCUGAAGCCUCAUACCUGGAAAUAACUUCCCAAAUGAAAUAAUAAUUUCAUAACCCCUAGAAUUUCUGGGGAACAGUGGUACUGAAGAGUGGGACAUUUAAAUAAAUAAAUAUAUAUACAUAUAUAUAUAUACGUAUUAAAAACCUGUUCUUAUUUACUCUUGGAUGAUAAGAGAGGAGAGGAACAUUCCCCACAUUUCUAGGUACUUUUACAUAUAAAUAUAUAUUUAUAUAUAUAUAAUUUUAUAUAUAUAUAUAAAAUCCCUACCCACUAAACACUGCACUGCUUCGAGAAAUAUUUCACACCCUCUCGAAAAUGUAUAGCUUAAGAAGGUAAUUAUACUUGUAACAGAUGGUACUUCAGUAAUCCAAGAGGUUUCUUCAUUUAUGCAUCCUAUCUCCGCUCUUUUUAGCAUUAGUGCACACAGUAGUUGCUUCUCAUUAAAUUGUAUUCAAGGUAGAAAUGAUCCUGUGAAAAAGAUAUAUUUGCGUGAGCUCCUACGGUUGCCUCUUGUAAGGACUAGUGUUAUCUAAUAGAAACUUUCCUAUAUGCAAUAGAAAAUAGUACAGCCUACAUUAAAACUAGGUGGUCCGUUUAGUGUUUAGAAAAUCCUGUAGUCCAUUGGUUCAUCAACUAUGUACUGUGCCCCUAUAUGGCGGGGAACAGUGUUAGGUACUGUGGAAUCAAGUGUAAACCAGAGACAGUCCCAGAUUCUGGAGAGUCUGUUAGUAAACCUGUUAGUAAACAUCUUCAUGUUUCAGAACUUUUCAUACAAAGCCAAACCUACGAUCUUUAUUUUUGCUUGAAAAAAAUAUAACUGAUUUCUUAAUUGUCUGUAUUUUGAAACUUACUUCCCUUCUCUUCUCAGCAAUCAGGUAAGGGAUGAAGUCUUCCUCGGAUAGACGCUACUUUUCUUCAGUGCUUCAAAGUUGUUUGUUUUCUCCCCUUACUCCCUUAUUUUCCAAUUUUUGCCCAUUUCCCCUUUUCUUGGAAAAGGCAUAAAUAUGGUGAGUCUUCCUCAUAUGAGUACAGGUCUGUGAGAAUAUCAAGGACACAUGGUUUUUGCUCCAGAGACCUAACAUAGCUUUCUUGAUCUCUUCACAAAUGCUCAAAUUUCUGAUAACCUUAUACCUUUGCAGAAUUAAUUGUAACUGAUUAGUUAUAAAUUACAUUAAAAAAAUAAACAAACCUGAUGUUCAUGCAGGUUUGGGAAACCAAGACAAAAUAUUCCAGCAAGCCUGUGUUACUCCUUUGAAAAACAAAUGAUUAAAGUGGUACAUUUGCAUCAUCACCAGUCCCAUCUCACAAAAAGUCCACAUUAGGCUACAGUGAAAUUCAAAAAAGUUAACCGUUCAGUCACCGUAACUAGUCACAUUCUCUUCAGCCUUUUAACAUUUUUGCUGGCAAGAAUUGUCCAAAGUUGUAAUGCAGCGUUUGCCUUCAGACUUCUACAUUUGCUCAUUUAGCAUUCAUUCCUUGAGAUGGACAAUCAAAAAAAAUGUAAUAGCAUUCUUUUAUAGGAUAACUAGCAAAGUGGACAUGCUAAGCCAUUUAAAGGCACCAACAAUGCCAAACAUUUUUAAGAUUGCCAUGGACAAGGGUUGUGCAAUAGAGAAUGACGUUUUGGCCUGCUCUUAACCCCAGAACAUUUGUUGUGUUGUUCUUUCCUGUUUAAAAACUGAGAUGUGAGAAGUUUGUUUUAAACGAUAUUUUACUAUCUGCCAGUGCUUUGGAACUAUAAAGAUGUCACUUGUUUUUGUUUUUUUACAUUCAGUAUAAAUCAGGAAAAUUGAACAACAUAGCACUAGCACUUAGAAUCCCCCCUUUCAUUGUCUUCUAAGGGAUUAGAAGCAAUAACAAAGGGAUUAGAAGCAACACAAACAGCAUUUUGUAAAUAUAACCUGCUAGAAUUUAAACACCUGCUUAACUUUGAAUAUGUCCUGAAUAUCUGGUAUAUAUAUUCAACAACUAAAGCAAAAUAUAACAUGCAUUCCAAAUUUGUCUUCCCCUGUUAUGAUUUAGCAGUUGAACUGUAUGACAAGGCUAGAGGAUCCUGGCACAUGUUCAAAUUAAUGUAACACAAACCAACAAAAAAGGAACUAUUUUCGAGUCAAGUAAUGCUUUUGAUGAUCAUAUCUAGGCUUCAGUUAUCCUUCAGAUGCACUUAUAUACUGUUAUAUGAUUGUUUAUAAUAAACAAUACUGUACCUAUA